AUGUUGAUAAAUAUCUCCAUAUACUUUUUCUUAUUAUAUUUAUUUAAAUCACACUUAAAUUCUAUUUUUGGUUACAAUGAUAAUCCUUCAAUAAAAUUUAUUGAACCAAACAAAUUAUUAUAUGAUGAUUCUGUUAUAAAAAAUAGAAUAUUAAAAGAAGACAAUCCUCAUUGUGAACAUUGGUCUGAGUGGACAAGUUGUUCAAAAACAUGUGAUGUUGGAGUUAAAAUGAGAGUAAAAACUAGUAGCAACAAGGAUUAUUUUGAAGAAUGUUCUAAAAUUAGUGAAACUAGUAUUUGUUUAUUAAGGAAAUGUUCUGAAUCUGAUUAUGAAGGAAAUGAAUAUGAAACAAAAAAUUACGAAAAAAAAAAAGAAAAAAAGAAUAGUAUUUUAAAAAAAUAUCUUUUAAUUUUUGGUAUUAUUUCUGUUGUUAAUAUUCUAUUGCUAUUAAUAUGUGUAAUUGUAUCACUUAAAAAAAAAAUUAUAUAA